CUUCCUCCUCCCCUGGCUCGUCUCCUCUCCAGUCUUCCUCUGUGCAGCGGGCGAUGCGGACGACACGGCUGCACCCUCUCGGAAUGGGCCUCCGACCGCUCUACCUGCUCCUGCUCCAGCUCCUGCUCCAGCUCCUGGCCACCUGGCAAGUUGCGGAGACCCAGACUGUUCUGAUAAUAGAGAGCGUCAAGCUCACCAUUUUGCCGGGACAGCACGUGGCGAGUGGCACCGACGUGACGCUCCAGUGCGACCCCAAAAUCACCUCCGGCACCGGGAUGCCCCUGAAGCACAGGUACACCUUCUACAGGGACAGCGACCCAGUGUACGGCAACGCCACCACCACCGCCAGCUCGCUGCCCUACGUCAUACGGCAAGCCCGGGUGGCUAACUCUGGAUCGUACAAGUGCAGCGUCGAAGUGCACGGGCAGUACAAGGAGAGCGACCCGGAAUCUCUGAAUGUCACAGGCUUGCAGACCCCGGUCCUGCUCCUCAACAAGGCGACGGUGACAGAGGGAGAAGGGGUGACGGCCUCCUGCAGCGCCCCCAAGGAAACCGGAUCCUCCUUCUUCUUCUACUUCUUCGAAGGAUCGAAGGAGCCCAAGAAAGUGCCCACCUCCGAAAACCUGGCAGAAACUCAGCUGAAGUUUAGCUCUCCUGGGAAUAAGAGCGUGACCUGCCAUUACCGCAUCUCCCUGCAGCCCGACUUGGUGACGUCAAGCAGAAGCAAGCCGUCCCGUGUUUACGUGCAGGAGCUGUCCAUCAGGCCCCACAUUGAGGUAACGCCGAACACGAAUGUGAUCGAAGGCGACACCCUGCAGAUCGCGUGCCGCGUCGACGGGUCCCGCCACAAGCCGUCGAACAUCACGGUGUACGUGUCCAAGGACGGCAUCAUGAAGGCAAACGGGAAGGGCAGCAUCGUCUACAACACGACAGUGCGGGCCAGCGACUCGGGGCUGUACGAGUGCAAAGCGAUAAUGGGAGACGUGGUGAAGGCCGUCAACAGAUCCGUGGCGGUUUCAGAACUGUUUUCGAGGCCAGUUUUGACGUUGAAACCGCCGGAGGCGUUCGAGAAGGAGUCCUUCUCGCUGGCCUGCUACAGCCACAACAUCUCCAGCCAGCGGAUCCAGCGCGGCCAGGUGAAGUACAGCCUGUACAGGAACGGCAGGGUUCUGACGCCAGGAGACUUCGGUGGGAAAUUCAACACCACGGCGGAGGCCUCCCGCAACGGCAAUUACUCCUGUGACGCAGUCGCCAAACAUAUCCGAAAAUCCAGCAACGUUAUAGUCUUCAAAGCCAAAGUCCUCGUCUCCAAGCCGUCGAUAUUUGUCCCGGAUGAAGUCAUCGUGGGGAAGCCGUUCCGGAUUCACUGCCGCUGUGAGAACGGGAGCCUGCCCGUCAGUUACACCCUUUUGAGCAACAAAGUGCCCCAGAAGUCCGUCCUGGUGCGGCAGCCGAACGAGACCGCCUCCUUCUUGGUCACCGUGAGGAGGAAGGAGGACGUCCGAAACUUCACCUGUGAGGCCGAGAACAACGGUUACUCCUCGAGGACGGAGAGCCGAGUCCUGGACGCUGCCGUCACAGAACCCGUGUCGGUUCCCACGCUGCUCAUUAUGCCGAAUUUUGGGAGCGUCACUGAGGGGGAGGAGCUGUUCCUGGCGUGCACCGUCCGGGAGGGCUCUCCCCCGUUCACCUUAAAGUGGUACCGCGACGGGUCGGACCAGCCCCUGGACACCCAGAUGACGAAGGACAGGACCGGGCUGCACGUGCUGGGGCCCGCCAGGCGCGAACACACCGGCGCGUACCGAUGCGUGGCCGACAACCCGGCCAGAGACGCCAGGAGGAGCAAGCUGGUCAGAGUGAGCGUGAGCCUGGCGCGGUGGAAGCUGGUCCUGAUCGUUGUCUCCUGCAUCCUGCUCCUGACGGUGUUGAUCGGUGUGGGAUGCUAUCGCUACAGGGCCCAGAGAGGUAAAAGAGAGACCGCCACAGAACUGUCAGUAAAGCCUUCGAGCCCUAAAUCAGAGGACUCUCUCACUGUGAGUCUAGCCCACGACACGGACGCGUAUAGCGCUCACACAGGCGCAGCGUCCCUCUUUGACAGCACGGAUGGGAGAGCGGCCAAUGGGACGCCAGAUAGUGUGACAUCACUUCCUGCGCACGGCAGCAACAGGAGCAGCUACAGUAGCCCAGCCACAGGGUAGAGAGGGAGGGGGAAAAAAAAUGGCUUCAAACCCAAAGCCCAUCUUCCAUCCGGGCGGGCGAGCGAGCGAGCGAGCUGUGCCCGUGGAAAACUGGAGGGACGACGGGAACAGGGAAACGCCACAAAAUAUCCAAGUCAUAGUGAGAUGAGCGAACAAGAUGAACUAUUUUUAUCACCUUAAAUUGGCUUUUGUGGCUCAUUGUCUGAGUCAAGUUUGUCCUUGUAAAUUGUUUUUUAAAUGGUCACUGUGGUGGGGGUGGGGGAUGGGGGGGGGGGGUAAUUUCAUAAUCACAAAACAUGAUGCUGAACAGCAUUCAAUCCCUGUUUUAAUGAGCCUGGAUCACAAUGGACAUUAUCUGCUUCCUCUUCACGCCACGCCAGCCCCCCCCCCCCCCUCCGCUCCGCUCCGCACCACUCAAAAAAGCGGCUUUUUAAGGAGACUCCUGGACCUUCCGUGUGCGUUCAAGGAGCGCUACAGCCGAUCAGCAUAAGACUGUCCGAACCACCCCCGUAGACUGUGUUUGGCGAAACUCUCACGUCACAGUCUGCGCAUUCUCUGUCUCUGUCUUUGUCUUCUGUCCUUUGAAAAGCUGUGGGGUCUGCUGUGCUUGGUAAUCUCGCCUCUGUCUGUCCGGCUGCUCGUGUCUGUCUCAGCGGUGUGUCGCGCAAAUGCUUCUCACGUGCUUAUGUGCCUGGGUUAAAUGUCUGCGAACACAAUCGGCAUAUUUGAUACAUAGUUGAAAGGAAUUGUUUAUAUAUUUUGAUUGAUUUGACUGAGUGGUCGGAGGAAAUACUUUAGAAUAAACAGUUUUAUUUUCGAA